AUGGCGGAGGCUCCGAACGACGUGGAUCCGAUCGGCGACCUCUACACGCCGACGGGCGAGGACGGGCCCCUGGAGGAGGCGGCGCUCGCGGCGUUCGCCGCCGAGGAGGGGCCGCCGGAGCUGAUCGAGGGCGAGGCCUACCUCUUCACGGGCUACGACGCGGAGGGCUCGGUUCAGUCGAGCUUCGCUUGGGUCGCGGAGCGGAUCUCCGUCGGUGCGGAGGUGUUCGCUCGGCCGUGCUUCCUCUUCUCGGACGAUCUUUACUGGGAUUGGUGGGCGUCGAGCCCAGGCCAGCGCGUUGGGAUCACGACGCGCCUCCUGAUCCACGUGUGCCGCCACUCGGAGUGCGACGUCAUGGCGCCGCGCGGUUGCUCGGAGCUCAUCCACAUCACGGACGCGCGGCCUCUUCGGGCCGAGGGUGCCCGUGCGGGGCGUGCGGCCGCCGAGGCCUCGCCGCUGGACGACUUGUGCGGCCCAGGGCCAGCAGCGGGGCCUGCCGCGGCGCGCCACACUGCCUUGCGCGGCAAGCUGCAGCAGGACGAGCUGAUCGACUUCGAGAAGGACGAGGACGCCGACGCGAGGCGCGGCAUGCAAGAGCUGCUCACGGCGCUCGUCAAGGAGUUCCAGAGCGCGGCCAGGAGCUCGGACGAGGCAUCCGACGGCGUCGCGGCUGCCGAUGGCGAUCUUCUCCCGAAGAGCCUCGCUUCACGUCGCGCCCGCUGCAGGAAGCUUGCGCUCGAGCGUCCUGGACGCUUUGCCAGGAUGAGCCUGGCGCAGAUGGCGGAGUACCUCGGUUCGCAGCACCCAGUGAAGGAGAUCGGCGGGGAGAUCUACCGCGAAAAGUGGACGAUCGCGGAGGCGCUCGACCUGGUGCUGCAGGGCCGCGCAGCAGCCGUCACCGACAUUCUCGCCCAAAGGUUCAAGGCGAUCCAGGCAGCGGUCAACGACGGGGACUGGUCGGCGGCCAAGUGGCUGGAGCUGACACCGCCGAGGGACCAGCCGCUCGCCCUUCGCAGCGAGGAGGAAGAGAUGAUCAGGGGCACCCAGCACGGGGAGCUCGAGCUGGAGGAGCUGGCCUCGCGACUCCGCAGAACGCUUCAGGGCUAG